AUUUAUGUUGAAGGAAUAUCGAUUUAGUGUGCCUUAUCAAACUAGGAGUAGCAAUAGGAGAGAAGGUUCUAGAUUUCCCAAUCCUACACGGAUUGGUAUUCCUUGUAACAUUAGAACUAGUACUUUGUAAUCCCUAUAUAUAGGGCUCCUAUUCUCAAUAAUAUGAUUACAAUUCUCUCUACAAUUUCUCUCAAAUCUCUUUUUCCUUAAACACGUUAUCAGCACGACUCUAACCACAAAACAGAAAACCAAAACUCAUUCACAAAGCAGCCCCUAGCCCGAGCUAGCCGAGCCUUCGCUGCAGCCCGCGCGCCCGUGCGUUUGCAACCUUGCACAGCAGCUCCUGCUGUCCCCUCCCUGCAGCCCUGCGUUCCAGCUUGCUGUCACCGAAGCAUCCCUGCUGCGCAAACAAGCCAACGCACACCCACUGCAUCUUUUUCCCGUUCCUGUGCACAUCCGUCCUCCUGAAAGCCUCUAAACAUCUAGUUCGGAAGCUCAGAUCGAAAAACUUUCUUCAUCAAAGUUGUUCGUCUCUGUCUCUUCCAUCUACCCUCCGAAUUUCAGCCUUAUCGGAGUUAUAUUGAGAUCUGUACACCAAUCGAAGUACAAGCUGUUCAGAACUGAAUCUGCUCCGAAAUUUCAACAAGAUGUCAAACAUGAACAAACUCGAUUUUGUUCCAUUGGAUUAUGCAGGCAAAAGGUACUUAUUUUGGGUCACUGAUGUCGAGAUCCACCUUAUUGCCCGUGAUUUAUUGCAUACUAUCCAAGAGCUUUGUCCUAUAGAAACAGCUCCAGACCCUCAAACUGAGAAAGAUAAUUCCAAGGCACUUGCCUUCAUGAAACGUCACAUGGAUAGUGACCUACAGUUUGAGUUCAUAAAUGAGGAUAGCGCCAUAAAGCUUUGGCAUGCGCUUCGCGAACGAUAUGGCAAUGUUCGUGACUCCAUACUUCCGAAUACAGAAGCAGAAUGGAAAAAUCUUCGCUUCUCUGAAUUUGACACGGUCAUGCUGUUUUAUUCGGAAGCCCUCCGCAUCAAAGUAAUGAUGCGUCUCUGUGGAAAGAUGAUCACAGAAGACCAGUUGAUUGAGAAAACCCUCAAUACCUUCCCCGCCUGUGCUAUGAGGUCCUCUGACUUAUUCCGGACUCAUGUAAAUGCAAGACGGAUCACAAGUUUUCAACAGCUUAUUGAAGCUAUGGCCACUACUGAAAGACAUGGCAAUGAACUUGUGCAAAGAAGAUUUGAUAGGCUUCAAGAUAGCUAUCAAGAGCAUCGUCCUAUGGCUAGAGAAAGUCGCCAUCGACGUCAUGAUCCAUACGAUCGAAAUGCUCAAGAAGGUAAUCGCUCAAGGCGACAAUCGCACGACCGUAGGAGGCGUGAUUUUGAGGGAAAUAGGGUUGGAAACCAUGGAGCCAACGUUGGCCAUGGGCACCACUUUCCAACGCCACCAGUCCAAGGGACUAUGCAUAUUGCGCCAAUGCGCCUCAAUCAAGGGAGAAUCCUCUUUAUGGUGUCUAUUUCUGAUAUGGAACGUCUGAUCAAUGGACCUGAAUUUGCAAUGCACCUACGAAGGUAGCCGCAUCAUGGUGAUCAAGACAUCGAGUUCACAAAGACUUUAAAUCUGGCGAUGAAGACAAAAUGCCGCAGA